AUGUUGACAAUCAGAAUUAAAUUAAAACAAUGUAUUAAUGAAAAUGUUUUUUUUAACAUAGAACUUUUGGACUGGAAAAUGCGUAUUGAUGAGAGUGAAAAUAUUGUUUUUCGUGGUGUUCGUUCAACAAUGGAAAGGAUUCAGCUUGCAUUUACUUCACAAGAUGAUGUUUCCAUAGUGUUGACAGAAAUAUCUAAAGUUGAUCCAAACUUUAAUAAACAUAAUUGGCUUAGGUUUUGUGAAAAAGAAAUGAUUCCAAACAUUUUGGAGGCAGUUAUACAAAUGAAUGUUGAUGUGUUGAACGAUUGGUGUUAUGAAAGAGCGAGUUAA